AUGUCAGAAUGGACCACGGUCACAAUAUCAGCUGUAAUCAUAAAACAAAGCGAGUCAGCAGGAAUUUUCCCAUGGGGAUGUGUAUCAGAUGGUACCUGCAAUGUCUUUUGGGAUAAUGCUGAUGGAUGGGACAUUAUGUUCUUCAUAGUGAUGCUGCUGGCUUUUGUAUUUGAGAUUUUCGUACUUAUCAAUGCAGCAAUAGGACUGUGA